UUGGAAGGUGUUGGCAAACGCAGCAACACCGGGGGGGCGGUGGUAGGUGGGGAGUUAGGAGACUUGUGCACAAAUAACCGUUGGAGAUGCCGCUAUCCGCUGCGCAUGCGGGACACAAACUCACACAAGCAUAAAAAGUUAUAUCCUGUAACCGAGUGUGCACAGGAGGGAAACUGGUAGAGUCGUUUCAUUACCCGCCCGGUGAAACCCAUCAAGUGUCUCUCUAAGCCACUGCCCGCCGGGCGACCCUGGUGUUAGAAAACAAGUCCAUCAAACUCUCCGAACAGUUUGAGAGCUAACGAAGAAGAAGCUAAACAAGCUAACCUGACAUGGCGACGGCUAUUUACCUGGAACAUUACCUGGACAGUAUUGAAAACCUACCAUGUGAGCUGCAGAGAAAUUUCACUUUGAUGCGGGACCUGGACAACAGGACUGAAGAAAAGAAAGGAGAGAUCGACAAACUGGCUGAAGAGUACAUUGCGAAGGUGAAGAACCUUGCCUCAGAACAGAGAGUGGAACACCUGCAGAAGAUCCAACAUGCCUACAGCAAGUGCAAAGAGUUCAGCGAUGACAAAGUCCAGCUCGCAAUGCAGACAUACGAAAUGGUGGACAAACACAUCCGUAGACUGGAUGCAGAUCUGGCGCGGUUUGAGAACGAGCUAAAGGAGAAACUGGAAAUGAGCGGCUACGAAAGUACAGACGGAAGAGCACCGAAGAAGGCUGAAUCCCGGGGGCUGAGAGAAAAGCGUACACCCAGAGGAAGAGCAAAGAAAGGUUCUGAUGAAGAUUCGCCCAAAAAGAAAAAGAUAAAGAACAGCCCAGAGUUGAGUGAUGCUCUCCUGCCGAUGCAACCAUCAGACGUUUUGGACAUGCCAGUCGAUCCCAACGAGCCUACGUACUGCCUGUGCCAUCAGGUGUCAUAUGGAGAGAUGAUUGGAUGCGAUAACCCAGAUUGUCCGAUUGAGUGGUUUCACUUUGCUUGUGUUGAUCUCGCCUCAAAACCCAAAGGAAAAUGGUUUUGUCCGAGGUGCAACCAAGACAAGAAGAAGAAAUGAGGUUUCUCACUUUCAGAUAUACCUAAAGGGUAGCUUAGGUAUUUUUCAACCUGGAUUCUGUUUUCCCAUGUUUUUGUGUCUAAGUCACUAAUGGGGACAAACGUUUUUGAAAUUGGUCCAGUAUUGAGGGAGAACACUGCAGACAGUAGCCGUGAAACAAGCUGCAAUGUAAUCCUAUCCUGUAAUCCGUAAAUGUAUGUAUGUACGGUGUUGUCAGAGUUUGUUGUGUUGGAGUACAGAAAGUGUAGGUUUUCAAUGUCAUGGAUGAAUAUUUAGAUGAUUUCAAUAAUGUGGAUGAGGCCUAAACCGCUCACAAGAUUUCAGAACAAGCGAGACUUGGUUAGACACAAUAACAAACAGACCAGAUCAAGGGAAAAGUAUCUCCACAGUGAUGUGUCAGCACUAAAGAAAGGUCUGGCUCCACACGUUAUCAUUCUGCUACAGGGCUUGUUUGUAUUUCUUUAAACCAAUCAAACUUAUCUUUGGCGUUGCUAAGCACAGGAUGCAGCGGCGGUGCCCUUCAAAAUAGAUAGCGGAAGGGGAGGAAAAUGCUGGCAAGCUAAGGGACCGUUCACAUGCCGCGUAUAAAACGAGUGGAAAAGCCACUUUUAUCAAAGCUGCUUCGGGAGGUUGCGUUACUGCCGUUACUGCCUGCCGUUACUAAGCAACCAAAACCUGCAUGCUGCAAUGACAAUGAUGAAUUUGCAGUAAUUUAGCAGUAAAAGCCUCACUGACUAAACUAAACAAAGUCAAAACAAUCCAGCACCGUCAAUUCUUCAAGUAGCUUUACACUCAAUUUCUCUGUCAGUCUGGCUGACCUUUCAACCACAUGUGGUGACGUUCUGGCACAGAAAAGGUGAUGCAUGUAAAGUAGUUAGUGGGACUGAGCAUAAAGCUCUGGGUGGUGGCUGUGAUUGGUUGUUCCUUGUCACAUGACACGCAGCAUUCCAAAAGUUGAACUUUAUUUUAUCUCAGGGCGUGUACGGCCCCUUAUACCCACAGUCCACAUCCGGUUAACCAGACUAAGCAAAAGGUAAGAAAAUGGUUUUAUUUCUCUGUAAGGUCCUUUCCAUAAGGUUGUCAGACACUUAUAAUAACAAUCUGAGCCUGUCAGUGGCAAAAACAACAAACGCUUGUUAGUGGACGUACAUUGACAGUGAGGAGUUGUCCCGAAGGAUUACAUUACAGCCCGUUUAGCGGCUGCAGCUCUAUCGUUCAAUACUGACCAAUUUAUACACAAAAACAUGGGAAAAUAGAGUCCAGGUUGAAAAACACCAAAGUUACCCUUGAGCUAAUAAUGUAUGUAUUUUUUGUGUAGUUUAAUAGUGUAAUAUAUAUAUAUUUCAAAUCCUAUAACUCUCCAUAGACUUGGUGGGUCAUACAGCUUUUUCUAAAGGCCUAAUCCGGAGUAUAGCUACACCGUUAUCUCUCCUAACAAUCAGAAAGUCCUUCCUAUAAGUCAUAUAUUGUAUAUAUAUAUAUAUUAUCAUCAUUACUAACAUACUCAGAAAUCUUGGAUUGUGGCUUUAGCAUACUUGAAAUAUGAAUUUUAUAAAGAACUAUUUUUUAAAACGAAUCAACAGCCUGCUGAGAAUUUACGAUUUUAAAAACCUUUAAAUCUUUACCAAAUGUCGGUGGUGAAAGGAAUUAUGUGUCAGAUAUUCAGUUACUACCUCCUGAGGGAAUACAUCAGCACUGCAAAAUGACUGCAAUUGAUACCAGUGUAAGAAAAUAUGAUGUUUUGAUUAUCUUAAACCAAACAAGCAAAGCAAUGUAAGUUCAUUUCUUUAUUGAUUAUCAAAGAACCUGCGACAUGUUUGAAUGUAUUGUGGUACUAACGGUCAGUCAGUCAGUCAGUGUCUCAUGUCAACUGAAUGAGGUAUUUAAGCACUUUGGAUGAAAUUGUCCCCUGAAGAGGUUUGAUACUGCAGGCUUGGUUUUAUGAUAAUCUCAUUUAAAACUUUGCCAUCAUUUCAAACCAUAUGAAAAUGCAGUAUAUAUACAUAUAGAUAUGUUUUGUAUGAUAUGAAACAAUAUUUUGUGGACACAGUUUUUUUUUUCUUUCCAAAGAUAUAUAUGUUGUAUUGCUUACUUAUUGGUGUGCACUCAAAUUUUAUUUAAUAGGAUUUUAGCGUCUUCUUUCAUAUUCAGCUGUGAAUAUCACUCACUUUUAGGUGUAAGCCACAAAUAAACGAGCCAAAGUCUUUGUAUUUUGUUAAAAUUCUGUAUUUUAUAACAAAUAAAUAUUCACUAUUAUUCAUG